AUGGUUGAUGUAGGGUUGGUUAGCAGCCAAGACAAGGCUAUUCCUGGCCCAUCCGCACUACUAGAUACUGCAACUGGGACCGCAAGCCCUCUCGCACCUCUCGAGCUCAUAGGGGGGCAAUACCUAGGAGUCCCCACGUCACCAAAAAGCUACAGGUUUAGUGGCGGGGGGCUGGCUGCACCCUCACAUCGCACCGACAAGGAUUAUGAUCCGAAGAAAGAUGGGGAUUGCGCGGGGUUGAGGGAUGACGACGAGGAGGAGGAGGAGAAGGGUGAGGAGGAGGAGGAGGAGGAGGAGGAGGAGGAGGAGGAGGAGGAGGAGGAGGAGGAGGUGGAGGAGGGGGAGGGAGAGGGUAGUGGUGAGGAGGCUGAGGAGGAGGAGGAGGAGGAGGGGGUGUCCCAGCUGGGGAAGGCUAAGAGGAAGGCCAAGGGGAAGGCCAAGGGGAAGGCCAAAGGCAAGGGGAACGGGAAGAUAAAGGGCAAGGGUAAAGGCAUAGAAGUUCAGGAGGAGGGGGGGGGAGAGGAUGGUAUGGCCGCGUCGGUAGAUGAGAAUGAUGGGCCUUUAAAGGCCACGAAAGGGUGUAAGAAGGCCCCAGGUUGGCAGGUCCAGAUGUUCGGGCCAUUGGGGGCGGAUGAGAAGCGCAAGUGGAAGAUGUGCGAUACCCGUAUCAGUUGGUCGACGGGCACUACGACUCCAGGGGUGCGCCACAUGGUUGCGAAGCACACGGCGCACCACGACAUUUGGCAGUAUAGGUCCCUAAGACCACACCUACUGACUAAGGGGGAGACUUUCCCGGAGGGUGGCUACGAUGGAGUUCCCGACAGGAAGGUGGUGAAUUGGCCACACGUGGCCUCGUGGCCCAAGUUGCCGGUGGUGCAGACCCCGAGCGCGAAGGGUGAGGCAGGCGGCAUUGAGCGCUUUGUUACAGCGAGGCUGAGUAAGCUGAAGCUUCGUGCGGCGAUCACGAAGCUUGUGGUGACCGGCGACUUGCCCUUUCGCAUCGUCGAGCUGGAUGCGUUCAAGGAGCUGCUGAUCCUGCUGAACGAAAAGUGUGGGGAAAAGGGCGUUAUCCCAUCACGCUGGACGGUGGCGCGCGACACCGUUGUCCUUGCUGACUUGGCGCUCGAGGCAGCGAUUGCAGAGCUGGCCUCUACAACCUGUGCCAUGUCGUACAGCACCGACAUGUGGACAGGCCCGAACGGCAAGGCCGACAUGGUGCUGACAGGUCACUUCGUGUCAGUGCAGUGGGAGUUGCGCCAGGUGAUUCUUGCUUUCGUCGAGAUGCCUGGCAGGCAUGGGGGGAAGGAAAUUGCUAAGGCGGUGGAGAAGGUGGUGGUGCAGUGGAAGUUGCAGACGCGUUGCCUCGGUCUCACGACCGACAAUGCGUCUGCAAACGUAGUUGCUCUUCGGCACCUGGCGGAGGAGGGUGAAUUCUCGGGGUACUUCAGCGAGAAGGCGCACUACAGAGUCUCCACGGCCGCCGAGGGGUCGACCUACCCCACUGUGUCGAUGGUGCUGCCUUACUUCUACGCCCUCAUCGACAGCCUGGAGAAGAAGCUGCACACAGGGACGCAUGAACUAGUUCGGCCACUCAUGUCUGCCGCGCUGGGGCACCUGAAGCAGUACGAGUUUGCCAUCGGGGACGAGUACUGGAUCGCGACCUUCUUGGAUCCGUCCAUGAAGGCCGAGUACUUCAGGAUGACACAAUGGGAGCUGAUGCAUCCAGGCAUAGUGGCACGUGACGGUGGGCGGCUUAAGCCACGUAUGAGUGCGGACAGGGUGGUGAGCUUGGUGCGCCGCCGAGUGGAGGAGUACCAAGCUCGAGCAGCACGUGAAGCUCCCACCCCACCACCAGCACCAGCAGCAGCAGUGGUGACACCGUUCGAGGACGACGACGACGAGUUUGUGUUCUCUAGGGCACAGCUGCAGAAGCGUGUUUCAGCUAGCGCAGCAGCGAGAGCGGGGGGAGGGGGGACGUCGGUGGGGGAUGAGGUGGAUCGGUACUUAGCGGAGCUGCCUGUCUCGGACGUGCCAGCGCUGCAGUACUGGCAGCGUGCGAGGAACAUGGACACGUUGAGGCAGAUGGCACGGGAUUACCUCGCUAUCCCCGCCACCUCUGCAACUAGCGAGCGAGCUUUCUCCAUGGGGAGGAACCUCAUCUCCUUGCACAGGCACAGGCUGAACACUGAGCGUGUUAGCGCAAGCAUGACUCUCAGGUCAUGGUACACGUCACACCCUGGGAAGAGUAUUGGUGAGGAACCCGGCCGCAGCGGACAGCAGGCACCACCAGAGUUGGCGCUGGAGGGAGAGGGGCUAGAUGAGGGGGAUGAGGAGGAGGCUGUUGCUGUGGGGGGGGGAACUGGAGUUGAGGACGAGGAGGGCAGCCCUGUGGCAGAUCCGAGCGCAGGAGGAGUGGAUCUGGGCGCGGAAAGUGCAGAUCUGGGAACGCAGAGCGCAGAUUUGGAUGCGCGGAAUGCAGAUCUGGUCGCGCUGAGUGCAGAUCUGGUCGCGCUGAAUGCAGAUCUGGUCGCGCGGAGUGCAGAUCUGGAUGCGCGGGAUGCAGAUCUGGUCGCGCGGAGGGCAGAUCUGGUCGCGCGGAGUGCAGAUCUGGACGCGCAGAAUGCAGAUCUGGUAACGAAAUGUGCAGAUCUGGGUGCAGGAGGAGUAGAUCUGGGCGCGGGAGGAGUAGAUCUGGGUGCGGGAGGAGUAGAUAUGGGCGCUGGAGUUGCAGAUCUGAGCACGAGGAGAGCGGAUCUGGGCGCUGGGAGGGCAGAUCUGGGCGCUGGGAGGGUAGAUCUGGGCGCUGGGAGGUCAGAUAUGGGCGCUGGGAGGGCAGAUCUGAGCGCUGGGAGGUCAGAUCUGGGCGCUGGGAGGGCAGAUCUGGGCGCUGGGAGCACCUCAUUCCACACCACAGCACCUCAUUCUCCACCACAGUACCUCAUUCCCCACCACAGCACCACAUUCCACACCACAGCACCUCAUUCCCCACCACAGCACCUCAUUCCACACCACAGCACCUCGUUCCCCACCACAGCACCUCAUUCCCCACCACAGCACCUCAUUCCACACCACAGCACCUCAUUCCACACCACACCACCUCAUUUACGACCGGCAGCCCGCUCCCUCCCCCCUCCCCUCCCCUCCCUCACCGCGGCGCAUCCCGCCGACGAGGGCGGACGCGACCACGGCGGCGAUUUCCGCCGACGAGGGCGGACGCGACCACCGCGGCCAUUUCUGCCGACGAGGGCGGACGCGACCACCGCGGCGGAUUCCAUCGACGAGGGCGGACGCGACCACCGCGGCGAUUUCCGCCGACGAGGGCGGACGCGACCACCGCGGCGAUUUUCGUCGACGAGGGCGGACGCGACCACCGCGGCGGAUUCCGCCGACGAGGGCGGACGCGACCACCGCGGCGGAUUCCGCCGACGAGGGCGGACGCGACCGCCGCGGCGAUUUCCGCCGACGAGGGCGGACGCGACCACCGCGGCGAUUUCCGCCGACGAGGGCGGACGCGACCACCGCAGCGAUUUCCGCCGACGAGGGCGGACGCGACCACCGCGGCGAAUUCCGCCGACGAGGGCGGACGCGACCACCGCGGCGGAUUCCGCCGACGAGGGCGGACGCGACCACCGCGGCGAUUUUCGCCGACAAGGGCGGACGCGGCCAACGCGGCGGAUUCCGCCGACGAGGGCGGACGCGACCACCACGGGCGCUCGCCGUGACCUCAACCACCCCGACAAGGGCGGACAACGCAGUCGCGGGCGGACGGCGCAGCCGCGGGCGACAAAGCGCAGCCGCAAGCGAACGGCGCAGCUGCGGGCGACAAGGCGCAGCCGUGGGCGGACGGCGCAGCCGCAGGCGGACGGCGCAGCCGCGGGCGACAAGGAGCAACCGCGGGCCGACGGCGCAGCCGCAGGCGACACAGCGCAGCCGCAGGUAACCCGGCGCAGCCGCACGCAACGUGACCGCACCACCCCUCCAGGUGGUGUCCACCCUAAUGGCCUCCCACCUGUUCUCCCCCUUCCUCUUGAACCUCCUUCCCCUUACGCCCCUCCUCCACCCAAGCCUCUUCCCGACCCCCCGCGUGCCCCAGUUCAUGAUGACAACCCGGAUCGCUGGGGGGCCAACCUGAACGCCUACAACAAGCUUCGCGACACCUACACCCUCUAG